AGCUGGAGAGGACGGACGGGACGGCGGCAGAGAGGGGCAGCGGGCAGGCGGAGAGAUGGCGACCGGCGCAGAUGUGCGGGACAUCCUGGAGCUGGGCGGCGUGGAGUCGGAGAACACGGGUACCAUCAACAAAAAGGAUAUCAUCAACUCGGAUAAGAAAAAAUCCAAGAAAUCUUCAGAGACAUUGACGUUUAAGAGGCCAGAAGGAAUGCACCGAGAAGUUUAUGCACUCCUCUACUCUGACAAAAAGGAUGCGCCUCCCCUGCUGCCGAGUGAUACAACUCAGGGCUAUCGAACAGUCAAAGCAAAACUGGGGUCCAAGAAAGUCCGGCCUUGGAAGUGGAUGCCUUUCACCAACCCAGCGAGAAAAGAUGGAGCCAUGUUCUACCACUGGAGGAGAGCAGCAGAGGAAGGGAAGGACUACCCUUUUGCCAGGUUCAAUAAAACGGUGCAGGUACCUGUCUACUCGGAGCAGGAGUACCAGAUGUAUCUCCAUGAUGAUGCAUGGACCAAAGCUGAGACAGACCACCUCUUUGACCUGGCUCGGCGUUUUGAUCUGCGCUUUGUGGUGAUCCAUGACCGCUAUGACCACCAGCAGUUCAAGAAAAGAUCAGUGGAGGACCUGAAGGAACGAUACUAUCACAUCUGUGCCAAGCUGGCCAAUAUUCGUGCGGCUCCAGGCACAGACCUGAAAAUCCCAGUCUUCGAUGCUGGCCAUGAGAGGCGAAGGAAGGAGCAACUGGAAAGGCUGUACAACAGGACCCCAGAACAGGUGGCAGAAGAAGAAUACCUCAUCCAGGAGCUCCGCAAAAUUGAAACCAGGAAGAAAGAGAGAGAAAAGAGAACCCAAGACCUGCAGAAGCUCAUCACAGCUGCUGACACCACCACUGAGCAGAGACGUGCUGAGCGCAAGGCUCCCAAGAAGAAGCUGCCACAGAAGAAGGAGACAGAGAAGCCUGCUGUUCCUGAGACUGCUGGCAUCAAGUUUCCUGACUUCAAAUCUGCAGGUGUCACACUGCGAAGCCAGAGGAUGAAACUGCCAAGCUCGGUGGGACAGAAGAAGAUUAAAGCCCUGGAGCAGAUGCUGAUGGAACUCGGAGUAGAUCUCAACCCUAUGCCCACAGAGGAGAUUGUGCAGAUGUUCAACGAGCUGCGGAGCGACCUGGUGCUGCUGUACGAGCUGAAGCAAGCCUUUGCCAACUGUGAAUAUGAGCUGCAGAUGUUACGGCACCGCUAUGAGGCCCUGGCCAAAGCUGGUAGCAUUGGCCCCCUCAGUGCGGAAGGCGCGCAUCCGGAUGGCCAGACAGGGCUCAGCAUCGAGGAGAGCAAGGGAGAUGCCAAGGACCAGAUCAUUGAUGUAGUAGGAGCACCACUGACCCCCAACUCGGUGAGGAGGAAGGUUGGGGGGGCAGAACAGGGAGCACUCAGGUCUCCGACGCAGAUGCCCUGACAAGCGCUGGGGAUGCUGCCCUGCUCUCCCUCCAGGCGUGCGCGUCCAAGGGAGCACAGCACGCCUCUUCCCCCCCAAGUCCCAGUGCUGCUCUCUGGGCUCGUCUCCUGUGCUGGACAGUGUUCUCGGUGCUAUAGGUGGGCUCAGCAGGGCUUUCUACAUCCUGCAUGCAGGCAGAUGGCUUGACGGUGGGUGCCACCAUGGACCAAAGCGCAAAGCUUUGGGCGACGAGAGCUUGCACUGGCAGCAACAGUGAGGCCGGUACAGCUGCAGGCCUGAGGCAUUUUCCUUCUAGACACAGCCCCUUAAGGGUUGCUCAGCAGGGAGAAGCGAGAGGGGAAAGCAGUCUUGAGAUGAGCCAUGACCUGCCCAAGUCCCUGGAAUCAAGCCCUGCCUGGAGCAGGAGGCUUGGGAAGGAGAGAGGUGUUUGAAGAGCAAAGGGGUGUUUUUAUACCCCACUUCCAGUGCCAAGAAAGGAAAGCUGGACCUAGGGGUUCAUCCACCCUGAGCCCUGUGACAACGUCCUAUGCAUGUACCUCUGCAGGAUGGGAGUCACCAGCCUCUCCUCCCUGCCUCCAUGAGAGCAGGCUGCCCAGCCCCUCUCUGCUGCCUCAGGGCCAAGGCUAAGCCUGGGGAUCAGCCGAGGCCGCUUUCCCUUCUGCGCAGUCCCCUGGCACAGCUGAGCUGAGCUGUCUGGUAAAAGCUGCCCGUCUCCACACAGUGGCAUCCCCGACGCCUCAGACAUACCGCCCCUGGUAGCAGCACAGACCUUUACUUUCUGAAAUGUAUGAUGUAUUGCAGGAUAUUGAGAACACCUUAUCUGUCAACGGCAGAGGCGACACGUUAAUCUGGACUUGAGUAAUGUCCUAUUUUGAUUGUGACAAUAUGGAGUCUUAAGGAAGCGUUCCACUGAGACAGGUUCAUGUUUGCAAAGGAGUCUCUUGAAUUUUCUUUUCCCUACUGCAUUCAAUCUGAAAUCUCACCCCUCCCUGCGGUCUGGAGUGUCCCGGUUUGUAAACUUUUCGGGCUGAUUCACAACACACUCACUCUCUCUUGAGACUUUGCUUGUUGGGAAGGUGGGAAAGGUGGUGGUGAUGGUGAUGGUGGUGGCCAUGGCUGCAUGAGGAGGGAGCCCAUGUGUAUGUUUCUGACCACUUUGUUCCUCAGUGCCUCCUCCUGGAAACAAAGGGAUGGGCCCAGGCAGCACAGAGAGGGUUAAACUGACCUGGUCUCUGACAUAUUUGAAAGAAAUAUAAUCAAGUUAAUUCACUGCAAGGCAAAUUCAGUACCUAAAGGGCCCCCAUGUUAAAUACAGCACUGACCUUUACCGGCUGAUUACACAAAGACGACACAAUUAGAUUAGUCCAAGACAAAAGGUCAAGCACAUUCACACUGUGACCAUUUUAUGCUACCUUUCGAGGGGGGGAAAAAUUACAUCCCAGCUGGAGGGGUAUCUUGGAGAGGAGGGGAAUGGGGCUGCUGUACCACAUCCUCCCUGGCUCAGGUAUGUUUGGAGAGUCAGGCAGGACCUGAACUGUGCUUGCCGUGAACCUUUCCCAUGGUUCUGGGCCACGUGGCCGUGGAAGAGACCAGCAGCCUGUGGCCCACGGCCAGCUUUUCCAAGGACGGGUUGAGCUGAGUGGGGGCCACGUGUUGAUGGUGUUCCCUUCCCUGCCCGGAGCAGCCCCCAGUGCCUCUCGCUCAGCAUCAUGGCUAGGAUUGACCUCUGGAAGAUGAGCGGGCUGGGGUCAGCCCUGAGAAGGGGGGUGGCUGGGGCAGUUGCUGGCUGUUCAGCUGGUGGGGUGCAUGCAUGUGUCCCCACCCUGCACAGCAGUAACUCUGAGGUGUCCCAGGUGCCAUGGGGACAGCGUGGGAGGCAGUGGUUCCAGGUUACAGCAUUGAGAAAGCAGCCCGCUGUGCUCUGCAGUGGCCUUUGCCUCCAUCGCCUCCUGCAGCCCCGGCUGUGGGUGCUUGUGGGUGACACCUUGCCCUUGCCCUCACCGGGGCCACUCCAGCGGUUUAACCCUGCCACACCAGCCUUGAACUCCCAACUUCAAGUGUGUGCUUUGCCACUGAGCUGCUGGGGGCCCUUGGAGGAAUCAUUUAAUCUCCCUGCUUCAGAUUCCUCCGAGUUGGAGAAUCCCUUUGUGCUGUCUAUCAGUGCCCGUCCAUGGCCCUCCACGUGUUGGAUUAAGUAAGGAUUAGUUCAGCCUCCAAGCCAGCUGCGCCCCCGAAGCCUGAUUUGUUUCCCCGGAGAGAAGAAUCUUGCUCCAGAUGUUGGAGGGAGCGAGUGGCAAAGCCAGGAGUAGGACCAGGAGUCCUGACUCCGAAGCCCUGCCGGAUUCCUUUCAAGCAAUUGGCUUGGAGGCACACCAAGGUCCUGAGAUGCUGGUUGUGGCAACAGCUGGCUGCCACCAUCCCCCUUGGCCAGCCGUGGGGAUGGGGAACGGCUCAGCAGGGUAUUUUAGCCCAGGUUAGGAGAGGUGUCCGUUCUGCCAUGUGUCCACCCCAUCCCUCCUGCCCUGGCUGCCCGUCCACGCUCUCCUUAGGGCUGCAGUGCCCAUGGCUGACCAUUAAAGCCGAGCUGGGAUCCCCCCGGUGCCGUCUGCUGCUGACCCCGGUAGGGACUUUACUCGGGGCCUUUGGGAGGUGAAAGGUGAGCCGAACUCGGAACAAAUUAGUUCCAAGCAGAAGUUCAGCCAGUUACUCCAGAUUAGAUCCUUUGAUUUCCGCAACUCAGACUCCACUCAGUGAUCUGUAAUGAGUGACUCUCAGAAAUCCUCACAUUGCAGCACUUUGUUCCCGAGCUCACAAGUCAGCCCAUUAAUGGGUAAAGGAAAGGACCUUGAGUCUAAGAAGUCUCGGGUUCAGAGUCAGAAUUAUUUGACUUUUAAGCUUCCUUUAUCUGAACUCCUGCUGACUUCUUGUUUUCUGAGCCUGGUUGAAAGCUAGAAGUUACAUUGUUAAGAUCAAACAUUCUCUCUUUCCAGAUGGAGUUACAAUAUCUGUCUUUUAUAUAUAUAUUUUUUAAUAUAUAUAUAGUGUAUAUAUACCAGGGUGUAUAUAUAUUCCUCUCCUUUUUUUUUUUUUUAAUCGCUCUUUCCAUUAAACGAAACUAGACUUGUAGGCUCUUGUAAAUUAUAAUGUAAAACAUUUUUUUUAACCAGACAGUUCCCAAUUUUGCCCAAGGCAACUGGAAUAGCUGCGCCACAGAAGGCAAUAGGAAGGUGAUUAAUAUGAAUUUGUGACAUAUUUGAAAGAUGGGUCUUUUGCCAUAUAAAGAUUAUCAAACACAUGUGCUCUUCCCCAUUAAUUCCGCAGCCCUCCCAGGAAAGCCACAAAGCUCAGCUCCUUUGUUUCCAGGGUGGGUUUUUGUUUUUUUAAAUGUACCUUUCGGUCCCCUUGAUUACCAUGUAUUUGAUUUUUAUAGGGCAUCUGUUCACACUGC